GCAAAUCUGGUUAAAAUGGCCAAAUCAGAAGCUCGAGAAAAAAACUAUGAUAACAUGGUAAAGAUGGUGGAAGACCUGAACAAGGACUUAGAAAAACUUCUGGAAGAAAUGGAAAAACUAUCAGUGCAAGCAACCUGGAUGGCAUAUGACAUGGUAGUAAUGCGUACAAACCCAGACCUGGCCAACUCUAUGAGGCGACUGGAAGAUGCCUUUCUGAAUUGCAAAGAGGAGAUGGAGAAGAAGUGGCAAGAGGUGCUAAGGGAAUCUAAAGGUGAAGAGCAAAAAAAUGAAUAAAUAGGUUUCAAUCAUGUUGGCAGAACUAAGUCCCUUGGAAAUUUUUUUU